AUGUAUCCGAAAAAUAUCACGUCUUUUGCACCCUUUGUUGAGAAUUUGUACACAACAGUCCUUUGUUGCGGUCGCGACUUGAUUACGGCGGACACUACAGUCAAGAUGCCUCGCGAAAUCGUCACAGUGCAGCUUGGACAAUGCGGCAACCAAAUGGGUUCUGUUUUCUGGCAACGCCUUUGUGCUGAACAUGGGAUCAGCAAGGAUGGGAUUCUUGAGGAAUGGGCAAUCGAGGGAGGCGACCGAAAGGAUGUUUUCUUCUACCAAGCCGAUGACGAACAUUACAUUCCCCGUGCCAUCCUCGUCGAUCUCGAGCCAAGGGUCAUUAACAAUAUCCUCACCUCACCAUAUGCAAAUCUCUACAACCCAGAAAAUAUUUUCGUUUCCAAAGAUGGAGGUGGUGCAGGAAACAAUUGGGCUCAAGGGUAUUCUGCUGGGGAGAGGAUAUACGAAGAAGUUAUGGAGAUGAUUGAUCGAGAAGCGGAGGGCAGUGAUUCUCUCGAGGGGUUUAUGCUUAUGCAUUCAAUAGCAGGGGGAACUGGCUCAGGCCUCGGCUCCUUCCUACUGGAACGUCUGAACGAUAAAUUUCCCAAGAAGCUAAUUCAAACGUACAGUGUGUUCCCUAACGCGCAGGAGGGCGAUGUCGUGGUGCAACCGUACAAUUCGCUGCUUACUCUGAAACGCUUGGUAAACCAUGCUGAUUCCGUCGUGGUUCUGGAUAACGGAGCACUUGCACGUAUAUCAGCGGACCGUUUACACGUCCAAACGCCCUCGUUUGACCAAACUAACCAACUGGUUUCGACGGUUAUGGCUGCAAGCACGCAAACUCUUCGGUACCCAGGUUAUAUGAACAAUGAUCUUGUUGGAAUCAUUGCGUCUCUAAUUCCUACGCCUCGAUGCCAUUUCUUGAUGACCUCAUAUACCCCGUUCACAAGUGAUCAGAUCGACAAAGCGAAGCCUAUCAGGAGAACGACAGUCCUCGAUGUCAUGCGCCGUCUCCUUCAACCCAAGAAUCGUAUGGUUUCAACUACACCAAGCAAGACAGCGUGCUAUAUUUCUAUUCUCAACAUUAUCCAGGGAGACGUGGACGCGACUGAUGUCCACCAAUCCCUUCUACGCAUCCGCGAACGUCAAUUGGCCAACUUCAUACCAUGGGGACCAGCGUCGAUCCAAGUCGCUCUUACACGCAGAUCACCAUACAUUACCACAAAUCACCGAGUGAGCGGCUUGAUGCUGGCCAACCAUACAAGCAUCGCAUCUCUUUUCAAACGUAUGCUAGAUCAAUUUGAUCGGCUUCGGAGACGAAACGCAUUCCUGGAGCAGUAUAAAAAGGAGAAGCUGUUCGAAAACGGAUUGGAGGAGUUUGAUGAUGCUAGGGCUACCUGUGAAGAACUGUUGAAGGAGUACAAGGCGUGCGAAAGUCCUGAAUAUAUUUCCUAUAACGAGCAGGCAUCAUAA